AUGUCUUCCUCUCAAACUCAAAACAUGUCUACUUCUUCUUCUAUUCGGUCACUUUCUUAUAGAAAGUUUAAGUUCUUUGCUAGAAUCCGCAGGUUUUUGCAAUCCAAAGCAGCAAGGAAACGAUGCGGCUCAUCAUCUGAUCAUUCAAACAAGUUAAGAAUAAAAAAUAAUACUGAUCAUAAAGCGGAAGAGGUUAUGGAGAAAGAGAGCGAGCUGCUGGAUGGUUCCGUGGUUUUGCAAAAAUCUGUGAAGAGGCUUCACUUUGGGAGCUGGGAAGAGAAGGAGAUGGCUGCUAAGGUGAUUGAGAAACUCGCCAAAGAAGACGUUAAGGCAAGGAAGGUGAUGGCUGAGCUUGGCGUUAUACAUAUGCUUGUGUCCAUGGUGGCUACUGAGGUGGUUCGCCGCCGUCGAGCCGCCAUCAAGGCCUUGAUCGAGCUUGCUAAUGGAACUUUUACAAACAAGGCUCUAAUGCUAGAGGCUGGAAUAUCCUCAAAGUUACCAAAAGACAUUGACGUUGUAGACGAACAAACGAGGCAUGAAUUUGCAGAACUGUUAUUAUCAUUGUCUUCUAUGUCAAAUACCUAUUUCUCACUAGCCACAUCUGAGAUCCUCCAAUUUCUCAUUGGAAUUCUUGAGUCAGCCUCCAGCCUUGAAACUAAGGAGUCCUGUUUAGGUGUUUUAUACAACCUGUCUGCUGUUUUAGAAAAUGCUGGACCUUUGGUAUCUAAUGGAGUAGUGCACACUCUCUUGAAGCUAUCUUCAUUCAAAGAACUAUCAGAAAAAGCCCUUGCAGCACUAGGUCACUUGGUGGUGACUUUAAUGGGAAAAAAGGCUAUGGAAGAUAGUUCAAUGGUACCAGAGAGCUUGAUUGAGAUUCUAACAUGGGAGGAUAAACCCAAAUGUCAAGAAUUAUCAGCCUAUAUUGUAAUGAUUUUAGCUCAUCAAAGCUCCAAACAAAGGGAUAAAAUGUCAAAGGCAGGAAUUGUUCCUGUACUUCUUGAAGUGUCCUUGCUUGGGAGCUCUUUAGCUCAAAAGAGAGCAAUGAAAUUGUUACAAUGGUUUAAAGAUGAAAGGCAAACAAAAAUGGGGCCGCAUUCUGGACCACAAACAGGAAGGGUUGCAAUCGGUUCACCUCUGCAUCCGAGGGAGGCUGUGGAAGGAAAGAAAAUGAUGAAGAAUCUGGUGAAGCAAAGUCUUCAUAAGAACAUGGAAAUGAUCACCCGACGAGCCAAUGCUACCGGUGAUUCUUCUAACGUCAAGUCCUUGUUCCUCAGUACAAGCUCUAAAAGCUUGCCUUACUAAAAUAUUUCUGCAACACUUUUAUGAUCAAUUUUUGUGCUUCAAAUUGGAGUGCAAUUCUUUUGCAAUGGCAUGUAAUUAUUGCAAAUGAUGGGAAAGAUGAUCGAAGGCUUUCCCCAUAUAGAUGGAAGAAUUCAGCAACUUUGUGAACGAAUGCAUUUUCUUGUGCAGUAAUUAGCGUAUAAAACAAUUGUAUAUCAUGAUUCAUGAUCAACAAAAGUACAGAAGAAAAUAAUCCAGAAAUUGGGUAAAUGCUGAAAUUUUCCCCUUAAUGGCAUGUAAUUACACACUUCAAGAUUUUUAUUUUCUCCUUUCUUCACACUGAUUUGUAUAGUUGAACAUGAAAUAAAUCACAUUAAAUAACUUAAAUAAAUAUAUCUUUAUUGCUUGAAUGAAAUUAAUUACUCAGAGUAGCCAUGUGCUGCAAUGUUACAAGGCUUGCAUAAAUUGUGCAUUUUGCACGUGUGGAAGGGUCAACCAACUUGGACAAAACAAUUAUUAGUUACUAUUA